GCAGCCUCAUAUGAAGAGAACCGUGUGCGCUGAAUGGCAGUGGCUCAUGUGCAACUUUAAGAAGCUAACGUCCUCUCCCUAGACGCAAAGAUUACUGGACAUCUGAAGCAGACUCUGACUCUGAAGCGCUGCAGCUUUUUCACAGAGUCAGUCCAGAGUUACUCCAAAACUUGAAGUUUGGAGAAGAUCUCUACAAAAUGCCUCGUUCAUUUCUUGUCAAGAAGUAUUUCUCCAACAAGAAGCCAAACUACAGUGAACUGGAGAGUCAAACUGACCAACGCUAUGCUGUCGUCCCUCUACAUGACUUCCACACCAUUGAAGGUGAUUCUGUGGUGCCCAUACUCGUGUGGGCCAGCAGUGUGUUACCCCUCGCCUUCUCCCCGGCCUCCCCCAGCCCCCCGUCUCCUCCCGGGCCUCUGGACCUGAGCUCUCCGUCCAGCAGCUCCAGCAGUGGAGAGGAGGACGACUGCCGCACCUCCGACCCACCCAGCCCGGACCCUGACUCCGACCGCUCCCAGUGCUCCCAGUGCGGGAAGCCCUGCGGCAGCGCGGCCGGCCUGUCCCGCCACCAGCUCACGCACUGCACCCCCGGCCCGCAGACCACAGGAGCCGCCAGCACCGCCACCAGAGCCGCCUUUCACUGCAAGCACUGUCCCAAAGAGUACACCAGUCUGGGUGCGCUGAAGAUGCACAUCCGCUCACACACACUCCCCUGUGUGUGUGGCACGUGUGGGAAGGCCUUCUCCAGACCCUGGCUGCUGCGGGGACACAUUCGCACACACACCGGCGAGCGCCCCUUCUCGUGCCCCCACUGUAACCGUGCGUUUGCGGACCGCUCGAACCUGCGGGCUCACCUGCAGACCCACUCCGAAGUGAAGAAGUACCAGUGUGGGACGUGCUCCCGUACCUUCAGCCGAAUGUCCCUCCUGCACAAACACACUCUCUCCGGCUGCUGUCCGUCUGCCUAGAGGAGGAGUCCCAUCUCUCGGCGCUGGGACAGGACGGGCUUAAGCCAUAAGUCAAUGUCUGGACUCAUAGAGACUCGUUUUUGAAGCACACGGUGCCUUAUCUUUUAUUCCCCAAGCUAAAAGAAGAGAUUAUUUUUCUAUCAGUUUUAGGGUGUUUUCACACCUGAGCGUUUGUUUCGGAACCUGGUGUGUUUUCUCCCUUGGUUCGGUUCGUUUAGGCAUAUGUGAACACGGCAUUAAUGCUCAGAUCCGCACCAGAA